CCCGUGUCGACUGGUCGGCUCCUAGUAAAGGUGUCGUAACGCAAUACCGGUGUAUCGUUUAGAAACUAACCCUAGCCAGCAUUUUUUACCUUUGAUUAUUAUUUUUGUUGUAUUGAAGUGAUCGUAUUGUUAAAUAAAAAAAUAUUAGUGAUUUUCUUUACUACAUUGUGUAAAAUUCAUGAAAGGCCGUUCUAGUGAAAGUGCCAAAAAUUUCCCUUAGGACUAUGGUGAUUUGACGGAUUAACAAAAAUUUUAAACAAAAAUCCACAGAUCAUCCAGCUGGCAUGAGGAUAAAAAUAUAUGCGGCCAUUCUACUGGUCGUUACUCUACCAUACGUGCUCUCUCAGAUACAAACUCCUGGAACCGGACUCUUCUCUUGUCCAUCGGGAUGGGAACUCAAAGGACUGCACUGUUAUAAGUUUUUCAGUAUAAAACAUUCGUGGGAGAACGCGGCUCAGCUGUGCAAUCGGUAUGGCAGUGAUCUGGUACUCAUCGAGUCGUACACCGAAAACAACUAUACGGCCUCGUUGGCUAGAAGAAGUCUCAGUCCGGCCGAUAGAAACAAUCAACGGUACUGGUUAGGCUUGGCAUCUUUAGACGAUCUCCGGACCAACACCUUGGAAUAUGCGGGAGGAGUUCUGGUUUCACAGUACUCGGGAUUCUGGUCGUUAUCCCAACCCGACCCGAUGUCUGGAGAAUGCGUUGAUGUCUCUGUGACUGAUGAUCAACAGUCGUGGCAGUUGCAAACGUGCGAAUCUCUCCUACCGUUUUUGUGUCGCGCCAAUGCUUGCCCAACCGGUUCGUUUCACUGCUCUAAUGGUCGUUGCGUAAAUUCGGCUUUUAAAUGCGACAAGCAAAAUGACUGCGGCGAUUGGUCUGACGAACUGGACUGUUCCUCGAACUGUCAUUAUUACAUGGCCAACAGCGGUGACGUUGUCGAAUCUCCAAAUUACCCUCAUAAAUACGAGUCUCUCGCCAAUUGUAAAUGGACGUUGGAAGGACCGCAGGGGCAUAACAUACUGCUUCAGUUCCAAGAGUUUGAAACGGAGAAGUCAUUCGACACUGUACAGAUAUUAGUCGGUGGUCGAACAGAGGAUAAGGCAGUUAACUUAGCCACACUUUCUGGAAAAAUGGAUUUAAGCAAUAAAAUGUUUGUGUCAGCAUCGAAUUUUAUGAUUAUAAAAUUCAGUACCGAUGCUUCAGUGGAACGUAAAGGAUUUAGAGCGUCCUGGAAGACAGAGCCACAAGUGUGUGGUGGUAACUUAAGAGCUACAACACAGCCACAGCCCUUAACUUCUCCUGGAUAUCCGAAUAACUAUCCUGGCGGAUUAGAAUGUUUAUACACUAUUACUGCUCAAGCAGGAAGAAUUAUAACUCUAGAGAUCGAAGACCUAAGCUUAGAACAAAAUCGAGACUUUGUAUUGAUUAGGGAUGGAGAUUCGCCAAAGAGUCAACCGAUUGGUCGAUUGACUGGAUCUUUAGAGAAUAACCCUAGAUUAUUAAUGUCGACGGGAAAUCAAAUGUAUUUGUACUUUAAAACAAGUUUGGGCGAUAGCAAAAAAGGGUUUAAAAUUAAAUAUUCGCAAGGAUGCAAAGCUACUAUUACCGCGGCUAAUGGUACCAUUUCCUCGCCUACUUUCGGGAUAGCCAACUAUCCUAGCAAUUUAGAAUGCCUUAUUAAAAUAAAGAACCCCUCAUUGAGCCCACUGUCUCUAAAAUUCGACUCUUUUACUGUACAUCAAUCUGACUUCGUGCAAGUAUAUGACGGUGCCAGUACUAGUGGAUUGCGAUUACAUCCGAACAACGGAUUUACUGGAAAUACACCACCAAAGAUAACUCUAACAGCCGCUAGUGGUGAAAUGUUGGUAAGAUUCAUGACUGACGCUUUACACAACCAAAAAGGAUGGCACGCGACGUUCUCGGCCGAUUGUCCGUCAUUAAAGCCCGGCGUAGGAGCACUAGAGUCUAAUAGAGACACUGCAUUUGGAACAAGUGUCACUUUCUCAUGUCCGGUAGGACAAGAGUUUGCUACCGGAAAGGCAAAGAUUACGACUGAAUGCUUAAUUGGUGGUAAUUGGUCCGUUUCAUAUAUUCCAAAAUGCCAAGAGGUUUACUGUGGUCCUGUUCCACAAAUCGACAACGGUUUCUCAACCGGAUCAACGAACGUAACUUACCGAGGACAAGCGAUGUAUCAGUGUUACGCCGGUUUUGCUUUUCCUUCAAAUGAGCCUAUUGAAAAAGUAUCUUGUCUCGCAGAUGGACGAUGGGAAAGAUUACCGACUUGCUUAGCCUCACAAUGUCCACCACUUGCGGAAACACCACACUCAAAUGUUACCGUUUUAAAUGGAGGAGGACGUAGUUAUGGUACUAUUGUUCGAUUCCAGUGCGAUCCAGGAUAUGUGCGUUCAGGUCAUCCAGUAAUCCUCUGCAUGAGUAAUGGCACAUGGUCAAGUGGAGUUCCGACAUGUUCUCGCGCUGAAUGUGCAAAAUUACCGGAAAUUAGUAAUGGAUUUGUUAUGGACCAAACACGUAAAUACUUCUUUGGAGACGAAGCUCGUGUACAAUGUCAUCGAGGAUUUAAACUUACUGGAGGAUCAUCAAUUAUUAAAUGUGGAGUGAAUCAGACUUUUUCAAAUGUUCCAAAAUGCGAAGAUGUCAACGAAUGUGCCGCUAGUCAAUGUGAUUUAGCAUCAACAGAAUGCGUGAACAGUGCGGGUGGUUUCCAUUGUAAAUGCAAAACUGGGUUCGCACCUACAAUGGAUUGCAGACCUAUUGGCGAUCUUGGCAUGAUAAAUGGAGGUAUUUCUGAUGAUGCCAUAUCUGUUUCUGGUUCCGAACCGUCAUUUACAAAAGAGAUGAUACGACUUAAUACUCCACGUGGUUGGUGCGGUACCCAUGUUGAACCCGGUGAUAAUUGGGUGUUAAUAGACUUAAAAGCGCCUACUGUCAUUCGUGGAUUCAGAUCACAAGGCGUCAUGAGAGGCUCCGGCAGCAAAAUAGCAUUUUCUUCGGCUAUUCGAAUUCAGUAUUCAAACAAUUUAACAGAUGUAUUCAGAGAUUAUACAAAUCCCGAUGGCACUCCAGUCGAGUUCCGUAUUCUGGAACCAUCUCUGUCUGUACUCAAUCUCCCAGUGCCCAUUGAAGCUCAAUACGUUAAACUAAAGAUACAAGAUUUCGCGGUUGCACCAUGCUUAAAACUCGAAUUAGUCGGUUGUACUAGAUUGGAUUGUGUUGAUAUAAACGAAUGUGCCAGUAAUAAUGGAGGCUGUCAACAAAAAUGUAUAAACAGUCCAGGAAGUUACGCUUGUGCCUGUAACAUAGGCUAUGAACUCUAUGUUAAGAACGGAACAGCUGGAUUUCCAAUUAAUGAAUUUGAAAGUGGAGAGAGAGAUGGAGAUGUGUACCAAAGAAACAAAACUUGUGUUCCUGUAAUGUGCCCUAGUUUGCAAGCUCCUGAUAACGGUAUCAUUCUCUCAACCAAAGAGUCUUAUCAUUUUGGCGACUUAGUCAAUUUCCAAUGUAAAUUUGGGUACGUGAUGUCGGGAUCUUCGUCGCUUUUGUGUACAUCAGCUGGGGCAUGGAAUGGGACAGUACCACAGUGCCAAUUUGCUAAGUGUGUAUCUCUUCCCGACGAUAAAAUCGAAGGCUUAAAAGUAAGCCGUUUUGAAAAAGAAGCAAUUCUUGUACCCUUUAAGGAAAAUGUCACGUUGAAAUGCGAAAAUCCAGGCCGGACUCUACGAGGCACCGCCACUUCAGGUUUCAGACAGUGUGUGUACGAUCCAAAGCCGGGUUUCCCCGAAUAUUGGUUAUCGGGCGUGGCUCCUUCAUGUCCUAGGGUGGAUUGCGGCGUUCCAAUGCCUACUGCCGGUGCAGAAUACGGUAAUUUCAAAGACACCAGAUAUCAAUCGUCUUUCUUUUUCGGAUGUCAAGAUACAUUCAAAUUAGCGGGACAAACUGAUAAAAACGAUAACGUGGUACGUUGCCAAGCUAACGGUGUUUGGGAUUUCGGUGAUUUGAGAUGUGAAGGGCCCGUGUGUCAAGAUCCAGGAAGACCAACAGACGGAUAUCAAUUGGCCACGAGCUAUGAACAGGGAUCAGAAGUGCAAUUUGGUUGUAAUAAGCCAGGUUACAUAUUGAUCAAUCCCCGUCCGAUUUCAUGUAUACGAGAACCGGAAUGUAAAAUCAUCAAACCGUUGGGCAUAACAUCUGGUAGAAUUCCAGAUUCGGCGAUCAACGCCACAUCUGAGAGACCAAAUUAUGAAGCAAGAAAUAUUCGUUUAAAUUCCGUAACCGGAUGGUGUGGUAAACAAGAAGCAUUCACCUAUGUGAGCGUAGAUUUAGGACAAAUUUAUAGAGUCAAGGCUAUUCUCGUGAAAGGUGUUGUUACAAAUGAUAUUGUAGGACGUCCGACUGAAAUUCGUUUCUUCUACAAACAAGAAGAAAAAGAAAACUUUGUCGUUUACUUCCCGAAUUUCAAUUUAACGAUGAGAGAUCCUGGAAACUUUGGUGAACUUGCAAUGAUUACAUUACCAAAAUAUGUACAAGCUCGAUUUGUAAUUUUAGGAAUCGUAAGCUACAUGGAUAAUGCUUGCUUGAAAUUUGAAUUGAUGGGUUGUGAAGAACCUAAAGUAGAACCUUUAUUAGGUUUUGACUAUGGUCAUUCUCCAUGUGUUGACAAUGAACCACCUGUAUUCCAAAACUGCCCAACUCAACCAAUUCUUGUACGCCGAGGACCCAACGGAAUAGAGCCCGUAAAUGUGACCGAACCCGUCCCAGUAGAUAACAGCGGCAGUAUUGCUAGACUUGAAAUAAAACCACAAAGUUUCAAAUUACCAUUUUACACAUUUCAAGACACAGCUGUGAAAUACGUUGCAUUUGAUUUUGACGGAAAUGUGGCCAUAUGCGAAAUUAACAUAACAGUUACAGAUGAAACGCCACCACAGUUGAGCUGUCCACAAAGUUACGUUAUUGAAUUAGUGAAUCAACAAGAUAGCUACCUAGUAAACUUUAAUGAAACUCGCAGAAGAAUUAACGUGACCGACGCUUCUGGAGAAGUUACACUUGCGUUUAGCCCGGACCGUGCUUCUAUAGCCAUUGGAGAUUUUGAAAAUGUUACCGUUACAGCAACAGAUAAAUUUGGAAACAAAGCAUCGUGCUAUUUCCAAGUAUCUGUGCAAGCAACUCCAUGCGUUGAUUGGGAUCUCAAACCGCCCUCUAAUGGUGCAUUGAACUGUCUACCAAACGAUGAUGGUUUAGAGUGCAUAGCUACCUGUAACACGGGCUAUAGAUUCACUGAUGGCCUACCAGAAAAAUCGUUUACCUGUGAACAAAGAAGUCCGUGGUUACCGUCUUCGGUUGUUCCCGACUGUGUGUCUGAAGAUACGCACCAGGCUGACUACCACGUGGUACCAUCGAUAACGUAUCGCGCAAAUGGCGCAGUACCAUCACUGUGUCUAAGACAGUAUGCAGACAUUUUAAGCCAACAUUACGGGCCUUUAAAUGAUAUAUUGACGGAAAGAUGUUCAGCUGUAAAGGUCAACAUGAACGUGUCGUUCAUUGAAACCAGACCACAAUUGUUAGAUGAAAACUUAGUCCAGAUUGAUUUUGUUUUGGGAGUUGUGCCAGAAGUACGCCAACCUCAGCUAUACGAUUUUUGUGGAUCGACAUUGAACUUGGUGUUUGAUUUGAGCGUUUCUUAUGCUAGUGCUGCUAUUGAACCUUUGUUAAACAUUUCUGCAGUCGCCAAUCAAUGCCCUCCAUUGAAAGCCCUUAGAUCAUCUGUAUCAAAAGGAUUCGCCUGCAACAUCGGCGAAGUUCUUAACAUGGAUACAAACCAAGUGCCUCGUUGUCUGCAUUGUCCGGCUGGAACUUUUGCUGGAAUAAAACAAAAUACUUGUAUGCCGUGUGCUCGUGGUUUCUAUCAAGACAGAGAUCGACAGGGCGCCUGUAUGAAAUGCCCCAAUGGAACUUAUACCAAAGAAUUGGGUUCUAAAGACUUGAGAGACUGUAUCCCGGUAUGUGGCUAUGGAACGUAUUCCCCCACAGGUCUUGUUCCUUGCUUAGAAUGUCCUAGAAAUAGUUAUACAUCAGAACCACCAACUUCUGGUUUUAAAGAAUGUCAGUCUUGUCCAGCUAGUAUGUUCACAUACCAACCUGCUGCACCCAAUAAAGAUUUUUGCAGAGCAAAAUGCCCUCCUGGUCAGUACUCUGAAACUGGCUUAGCACCUUGUUCACCUUGUCCAAUGAACUUCUAUCAAUCAUUAAGCGGACAAACAGUUUGUACGGAAUGUCCAACAAAUACGAGAACUAAGGGAGUAGGAGCCGCUGGAAGAGAUGAAUGCCAAUCUCUUGUUUGUACUGAAAGUUCAUGUUUGCACGGUGGCCUCUGUGUACCACUUGGCCACGGAGUCCAAUGCUUCUGUCCAGCUGGAUUUUCGGGAAAGCGUUGUGAAGUUGACAUCGAUGAGUGUGCGUCCCAGCCUUGUUUCAACGGAGGCUCAUGUAUAGAUCUUCCUCAAGGCUACCGUUGUCAAUGUAAAAACGGAUUUAGCGGAAUAAAUUGUCAAGAAGAAAAAUCUGAUUGUAGAAAUGAUACUUGUCCCGAGAGAGCCAUGUGUAAAGACGAACCAGGUCUUAACAAUUUCACCUGUCUUUGCCGAAGCGGAUACACAGGCGCGAAUUGUGAUAUGACGAUCGAUCCGUGCUUAGAACCGAACAACCCGUGUAAGAAUGCAGCUACAUGCACCGCUCUCAAGCAAGGCAGAUACAAAUGCGAAUGUCAGCCCGGUUGGGAAGGUAUACACUGUGACUUGAACAUUGACGAUUGCGCGGAACGGCCUUGUCUUCUUGGAGCAGCGUGUACCGAUCUCGUCAACGAUUUCAAGUGUGCAUGCCCGCCUGGUUUUACAGGCAAACGGUGUGAAACGAAAAUCGAUAUAUGUGCAGCCAACCCAUGUCAAAACGGUGUCUGUGUCGAUAAAUUGUUCAGCCACCAAUGUGUCUGUCAUCCGGGAUGGACUGGUGUUGCGUGUGAAAUAAACAUUGAUGAAUGCGCUAGCAACCCUUGCGGUAAUAACGGAGAUUGUACGGACUUGGUUAAUGGUUACUCUUGUACUUGUGACGUUGGAUACACCGGUAAGAAGUGUCAGCAUCUGAUUGACGACUGUGCUUCCGGACCUUGCCAAAACGGAGGAUCGUGUUUGGACAUGCUAGACGGAUUUAUGUGCCGUUGCAGACCUGGUUUCUUGGGUCUCCAAUGUGAAGCUGGCAUUGAUGAGUGUUUAAGCGACCCUUGUAAUCCCGAAGGAACAGACCAAUGUUUGGAUUUGGACAAUAACUAUAAAUGUGUAUGCCAUCCUGGGUACACUGGACCUAUGUGUGAAAAGAAUAUUGACGACUGCGCUUCGAAUCCUUGUAUGAACAACGGUAAAUGCUACGAUGGUGUCAACACGUUCUCCUGUCAAUGUCCACCGGGAUGGACUGGUAAACGAUGCGAACAAGACAUAAGCUCGUGCCAGAGCAAACCUUGUCACAAUGACGCAGCUUGCAUAAACUUGUUCCAGGACUACUUCUGCGUAUGUCCAUCUGGAACUGAUGGCAAACAAUGUGAAACCGCUCCGGAACGUUGUAUUGGUAACCCAUGUAUGCACGGAGGUAGAUGCCAAGACUUUGGGUCUGGACUGAAUUGCACAUGUCCGAGCGACUAUGACGGAAUUGGUUGCCAAUACGAGUUCGACGCAUGUCAAGCUAACGUUUGUAAAAAUGGAGCAACCUGUAUUGAUAACGGACCUGGCUACCAAUGUAUUUGUCCUCCUGGAUUUACCGGUAAAAACUGUGAUGAAGAUAUUGUGGAUUGUAAAGAGAACUCUUGUCCACCAUCUGCUACGUGUAUCGAUCUUACUAACAAGUUCUACUGUCAAUGUCCAUUUAAUCUGACUGGAGAUGACUGUAGAAAGACAAUCCAAGUGGAUUACGACUUCAGUUUCCCGGAAGAGACAUUAAGCAGUGCUGCGCUUUCGGUUCCAUUCCAAUUCACAGGAAGUCGGGAUAGUUUUACAAUCGCUAUGUGGGUGCAGUACGCCCAAAAAGACGAACCAGGCGUGUUCUUUACGCUAUACAGUGUAACUUCACCGCAUGUAGUACAAGGUCAAAGAAUGCUUGUCCAAGCUCAUUCGAGCGGCGUAGAAGUAUCAAUAUUCCCAGAGUUACAAGACGUGUUCUUGUCGUUCCACGAGUAUACUACUAUUAACGACGGCCAAUGGCAUCAUAUAGCUAUAGUGUGGAAUCAAGGUACACUAACACUUAUCACUGAAGGUUUGAUUGCCAGCAAAAUGGAAGGCUACGGAGCUGGAAGAAAGUUACCUGAGUUUGGUUGGGCUGUGUUGGGCAAGCCGAGAACUGAUAGAAAGACGUUUACCGAGACUGGCUUCAAGGGACAAUUGAAUAAAGUACAAAUCUGGGGACGCGCUCUUGAUGUUACCAAUGAAGUCCAGAAACAGGUGCGUGAUUGCAGAACCGAACCUGUACUCUACCAAGGUUUGGUACUCACGUGGGCAGGAUAUGAAGAUAUUCAGGGAGGCGUUGAAAGAAUUGUUCCGUCAAGAUGUAGUCAACACAGUUGUCCAGCUGGAUAUACAGGACCAAAUUGCGAGGAACUCAAGGUAGACAAGAUCCCACCACAUGUAGAAUACUGUCCAGGAGAUUUAUGGGUGAUCGCAAAGAACGGAUCGGCGAUUGUCAAUUGGGAUGAACCUAGAUUUACCGACAACGUAGGUGUGGUUCGAGUUGAAGAAAAAAGCGGCCACAAACCCGGUCAAACAUUAUUAUGGGGAACAUAUCGCAUUGCUUAUGUAGCUUUCGACGAAGUCGGUAAUACCGCUGUAUGCUCUUUCAGGGUAUACGUCUUGUCCGAGUUCUGUCCAGUAUUAGCAGAUCCGAUUGGAGGAAAGCAAACGUGCAAAGAUUGGGGUUCGGGUGGACAGUUCAAAGUUUGUGAAAUCAAUUGUAAUCCAGGUCUAAGAUUCUCUCAAGACGUUCCGAAGUUUUAUACUUGUGGCGCUGAAGGUUUCUGGAGACCUACCAAGGACCCGUCAUUGCCAACCGUAUACCCCGCGUGUUCGGCCUCAAAACCGGCACAACGAGUGUUCAAGGUUAACAUGAAAUUCCCAACAUCGGUGUUGUGUAACGAAGCUGGACAAGGAGUACUAAGACAAAAGGUCAGGAACGCGAUUAACUCGUUGAACAGAGAAUGGAACUUGUGUUCGUAUUCUCUCAAGGGAACACGCGAAUGCAAAGAUCUGAACAUCGACGUAAAAUGCGACCACAAAGCUUCUAGGACAACUAGAGACGUUGAUACCGAGGAUUCAGUUCCAGUCAUUAGGCAAAAGAGACAAGCUAGCGAUACUUAUUCCGUGGCAAUUUCCUUCCCGGCCAUCAACGAUCCCGUGGUGAACGGCAAUUCCAACCAGAGAACUAAUAUUCAAAGAUUAUUAGAAAAACUCAUUCUCGAAGAAGACCAAUUUGACGUGCACGACAUCUUACCAAACACCGUGCCGGAUCCAGCUUCGUUGAAUUUGGAAUCCGACUAUGCGUGUCCCGUCGGCGAAGUCGUAAUGGCGCCAGACUGCGUGCCGUGUUCCGUUGGAAGUUACUUUGACAAAGAAACAAAGACGUGCGUGCCUUGUGCCGUGGGAUCGUACCAGAGUGAAUCGGGUCAGCUCCAAUGUUCGGUUUGCCCCGCAAUCGCCGGACGACAAGGUGUGACCGUAUCUACUGGAGCCCGAUCGGCUUCACAGUGUAAGGAACGAUGCCCGGCCGGUAAAUACUACGAUGACGAGGCCGGUUUGUGCAGAAGUUGUGGUUAUGGUUUCUACCAACCGUCGGAGGGUAGCUUCAAGUGCCUGUUGUGUGGCCUCGGCAAGACUACUAGAACGACUGAAGCAGUGUCGCAAGAGGAAUGCAGAGACGAAUGUGCGGACGGCAUGCAUUUAGGAAUCGAAGGCGAGUGCGAACCGUGCCCGAGAGGAACAUAUAGGACGCAAGGAGUAGAACCGGCUUGCCAACAGUGUCCGGCCGGUAGAACCACAAAACAGUCAGGCUCUUCCAGCAUCGAAGAGUGUUCCUUGCCGAUCUGCGUUCCGGGUUCCUAUUUGAAUACCACGCAAAACAGUUGUAUUUCAUGCAAGAAAGGAACCUAUCAACCGGCAACGCAACAAACCAGUUGUUUGCCGUGUCCACCCAAUAUGAGUACAAAGACUGUAGCAGCUACCAGCAAGUCGGAGUGUUGGAACCCGUGCGAGGCCAAUGUUGCGGGCAAGCACUGCGACAUUAACGCCGACUGUCUGCUGAUACCCGAAACGUCGGACUUCAAGUGCGAGUGCCGACCAGGGUUCAACGGCACCGGUAAGGUGUGCAAGGACGUGUGUGACAAUUACUGCGAGAACAAGGGCACGUGCUUGAAGGACUUACGGGGUCAGCCGUCGUGCAGGUGCGUGGGGUCGUUCAUAGGUCCUCAUUGCGAGGACAAGUCUGACUUCGCGUACAUCGCCGGCGGUAUCGCCGCCACCGUUAUAUUCCUGAUCGUCAUCGCGCUGUUCGUGUGGAUGAUAUGCGCCCGGUCUGAACGCGUCAAGGAGCCGAAAAAAUUGAUGGCCCAGACCAACGACCAGACGGGGUCGCAGGUUAACUUCUACUACGGUGCCGCUCCGUACGCCGAGUCCAUAGCACCGUCGCAUCACUCGACCUAUGCCCAUUACUACGACGACGAAGAAGACGGCUGGGAGAUGCCCAACUUUUACAACGAGACUUACAUGAAAGAGAGUUUGCACAAUGGAAAAAUGAACAGCUUGGCCAGGUCCAACGCCAGCAUUUAUGGUAACAAAGAAGACUUGUACGACAGACUCAAGAGACAUGCUUAUAACGGCAAGAAAGAUAAAAGCGAUACUGAAAGCGAAUGCCAGUGAAUAGACUACGAUGAAAAUAAUUAGUUGCUCAAAAAAAAAAAAUAUAUAUAUAUAUAAAUACAGUAAUAGUCAGGUGAAGAUUCUCGGUCAGAAAUCAGAGCCAAUACGGCGUGUGAAACAAGUAAAAACAAGUUUUACACGGAUCGGUGAACCGUCGGCAACUACCUACUUUUGCUCGACAUCGGACUUUCCUCAAAAUAAAAAACCUAAUUAUAAAUUAUAUUAUUUUAUGAAAAUUUUAGUGUCAUAAAGUACGCGAUAAUAUUUUGUAUGUAACAUGUAAAUAGAUAUUAUAAAUAUAACUGUUAUUAAUUUUAACAAAAACCUAAUGUUGUAUAUCCAAUAUUAGUGCAUAUACGUAUUAUUCAAGAGACUAUUGGCUCGUAAACCAAAUUUUGUACAGUUUAGACACGUUAAUUAUUUACAUUAUUUUUUUUAAGUGUGUCAUUUAUCGAACAUUUAUAUCAUAGCUCAUAAGACAAUAUUAAUUUAUUUGUUAAGUAU